AAGCAUGUCAGCCCCUAUUUAGAACUUGUUUAGCGUACAGUAACCUUUUUAUUAUACUAAAGUUGGUAGGUGACAAUAGUGAUAAAAACAUGAGUGUGCAAUAAAUUAUCAGUCAAUGACAACAAACCUUAUUACGUUGUCAUUAUAUCCAGUGCACUGGACACCGACAAGUCUAAACCAACAUUGCUUCACAAGGUGACAUUCAACUUUUUGGUUUGGAAAUACCUCGCAUGGCAUGCUGAGAUGACCGACCCCUAAUUCCUCCUUAUCUGGAUAGAGUCAACGAAAAGCUUGCUAAAGAUGGAUGUGAUUCCAGAAGAGAUUCUGGAGUACAUCAUGUCAUUCCUGUCACCCUACCAGGACCUCAUUACAUGCACCGUCGUGUCAAAGAAAUGGAACCGGGUAGCACGUGGUGUUGCGAAAGUCGUCAACACGAGCCUGGCCAGGGCGUUGCAAGGGAGCGGCCAUCUUGAGUGCACUGUCGUGACGCCUAGCUUUGGGCCAAGCAUCGCCGAGCGAUUCUCCCACAGCUCCUGCUACUACAACAAGUCGAUGUACGUCUUCGGCGGCUGCACGUCCAACUGUACGACCUUCAACGACCUUUGGCGGUUUGACCUCGUGACCCGCGAGUGGAUACGACCUCUCGCAAUGGGCACGUAUCCUAGUCCAAAGGCCAGUGCAUCGCUGGUGUGCCACGAUGACAGGCUAAUACUGUUUGGCGGAUACUCACCACCUGGCCAGUUUCCAUUCUACCAAUCAAGCUUAUUCAACAAACGGGUACAUGUAUAUUGUCCAGAGACAAACAAGUGGACAUGCAUUAGUACGCCAUCAGGGCCACUGCCAAUGGCUGGCCACUCUGCUACUGUCAUCAGUGAUUGCAUGAUUGUGUUUGGUGGUUGCCAGGGCGCCCAAUGUUUCAAUGAUGUCUGGAGCCUCAACUUGGGCAGUUUUGAAUGGUCAUUGGUUCAAACUUCACAUCUCAAACCGAUGGCUAGAUAUGGUCAGUCACAGAUCCUUCUAGACAAAGACAACUUGCUGAUCGUGGGUGGGUGUGGUGGGCCAAACAAGGUGUACAGUGACGUGUGGCUGCUGAGAAUGAAUCUCACCCCGUGGACGUGGCAGGAAAUGCAUGUACUACUGCAAGAAGAUGCUGCUCCAAAAAUGUGGUGCCACCAAGCCUGCAAGGUCGGCAGCAGUGUGGUCCUGCUGAGCAAGAGUCGUAAGUCCGCGAGCGCCAACACUGCGUCCACGCUUGAAUUCAAGAGGGCGCCACGCGUCUGGGUGCCGCCGCGCGAUGACCGAGCGACGCACGCUGGGAGGUCGAGAUCGGACGCGCAGCAGAGACUGAGGCGAGGGUCGGCCGGCUGUCUGAGCUCUAGCAGCGACGAGGGCGACGCCAAGCCGCCCACACACCCCCGGCGGCACAGCGAACAGGAGGUCAAGCCCGCGGUGGAUGCCGCCGGCUCGCGCGACCCCAGCGCAGAUGCAUCCGCUAGCAGCGCCCCCUGCGGCGACCUUCCCGCGCCAGGAUGCUCGCACUGGAGCGGCGACGACGACGACGAACCGAUGGAAGCCGACGACGCCGCCGCCGCCGCUGCGACGACCUUCAAGGUGCCGCGUCUCGUCGGUGCGACACCGGCGCCCCCUCGUCUCGUCGGUGCGACACCGGCGCCCCCUCGUCUCGCCGGUGCGACACCGGCGCCCCCAUGUCCCGCCGGUGCGACGGUGGCGCCCCCAUGUCCCGCUGGUGGGACGGUGGCGCCCCCAUGUCCCGCCGGUGCGACGGUGGCACCUCUGCGUUUCGCCGGUGCGACGGUGGCGCCCCUGCGUCUCGCAGCGGACCGCACGCCGCUGCCCGCCGCGUCGCAGCUGAGCGUGACGAGCCGCGGCAUGCCGUCGGUGCGUCCGAACGCGAUGCGCGACCGCGAGCGCCAGCUGGAGGGCCUGCGCCGCAUGGAGGAGCGCAUCCGCGCGCACUCGCGCCGCCGCGGCCCCGCCGACGCCGCCCCGCAGCCCCGCUCCUCCUCCUCCCACGCCGCCGCCGCCGUCAGGAACCCGAUGAGGAUCUACGUGCUCGACGUGUCGGCGGCGGCGUCGGAGGGGCGCGUCGCGUGGCUGCGCGACACGGACGCGCUGUGCGGCGCGCUGCCCGAGGAGACGGCCUUCCACUCGCUCGUCGUCGGCCGCGGAGAGCUGGUCAUGUUCGGCGGCAUCCAGAUGGACACGAGCCGCAUGAGCAAGAAUGUCGAGGUGUCGCAGCAGGCGCUCUGCAACAACGUGUACAUCAUCACUGCCGCGUCGCUCUAUGUCGUGCGUUACACGUGAAGAAGCGCCUUCUGUCGUCCUCUGCAUGUGAAGCGCCCUCUAUCUUUCUCUACAGAUGAAGCGCCCUUUAUCUUCCUCUACAGGUGAAGCGCCCUCUAUCUCCCUCUACAGGUGAAGCGCCCUCUAUCUUCCUCUACAGGUGAAGCGCCCUCUAUCUUCCUCUACAGGUGAAGCGCCCUCUAUCGUCCUCUAUGGGUGAAGCGCCCUCUAUCUCCAUCUACAGGUGAAGCGCCCUCUACCAUCCUCCCUUUACACGCGAGAUGCUAUUAUCACCGCUGCCUCCCUUUAUACAUGAAGCGCCCCACAUCAUAUUCUUCACGUGAAGCGCCCUCUAUCGUCCUCUACAUGUGAAAUUCGCUUUAGCCGUGUAACAAUGUUGCCGUUUCUGUCGGUGUACUUUCGGUCCCCAUCGCAUUGCACUGAUGAGUGUUGCAUCUAUUUGCUGCUUACUUUCAUCUCUCUCCAUUUGACACUACGCAUACAUGGUUCAAUGCUGAGCAUGCUGUGCAUGUGAAUCUACAUGUAAUUAAUGUAUUAAUUAAUUACAUACAUGUGAUUAGCAACUUCCUUAACCCAUAACUUGAGUGAGAAAACUCUCCAUAUGUGUGUGUGUGCGUGUGUUUGCAUGUGGCUGUGGAACAGCAUUCACAUAUUCUCUGUAAUCUCUGUCUCUCUCUCUUUCUCUCUCUCUCGGCUUGUCAAGUCCAUACGUAACGCCAUAUUGCGGGCUCACACAUCUCCGCGCUCUCACUCUCUCUGUCUCUCUCUCUCUCUCUCUCUCUCUCUCUCACUCUCUCUCUAAUGGUGCCCAGUUAGUCGGUGAUACACGUGCGAUGCCGCGCUACCUCGCAACUUCAAAUUACUUCUCUGUUUCUAGUAAACAAACAACUGCUUCCUUGUAGGAACGUGUUAUGGGCAUUUCUUGCUAACAACGCGUGAGUAGUAUUCAGUUUUCCCGAUGGCAUUUCUUUGUAGACGGUUUCCAGCAAAUAUGAUUAAGUUUGGUAGUGCUAUACCUACGUAAGGUCUUCCCGAUAUGUGUAACUCAGUUAGGGGAAAACUUUAUUUGUGUUGUUCCCGCUCUUUACAACAAUUGCCAUGAUUGAUUGCAUAACUUAGUUGUUAGUGUGUACGUAUAAACACCGUGUAAUAAUAAAACUGUGCUUUGUGAAUAUAA